GAUCGGGUGUGCCGUGUCCAUAUAUACAUAUGUAUAUAUCGCUAUAUCUUUUUAUUCAAAUAAAUAUCCCCCUGCAAUUUCGUGAUUCGUUCUGUGCGCCUGCGCGACGACGAACCUUCUUGCAUUUGGAACCUGCAUUCGUGUGUUGAUUUGUUUACCUUUCCCAAGUGGCGAUAGAGUAAAUUUCCUGUAGCCUCCAUAAACAAAAAGGAAAUGCGCAGAGGAAGUGAGCAUAAUUAAACGGAAAUAAUCAAUGGAAAUGAAUUUAACAAAAAUUAAAUAAAUAAAUAUUGCAAUAAAUCUGUGCCGCUGACGCUUUAGUAACGGUCUCCCUGACUUUGCGGUUCGAAACAAUUGAUCGACUUACCAUCAAUUGACAUUAUUGAUUUAUGCUUUGAGUGUAAAUAAUUCGCACAAUACAAUAAACACCAAAUUGAGGCUUUGGCUUUGGCUUUCCUCCCUCUUGUCUAACCAAUAACCAAUCAAAUGCAAUGAAAUGAAAUGUUGCCAUCGAUUUGCCAUUGUUUAGAGUUUUAAAACUGGAAUCCGUACUUAAAGCUGACCUAAAACCCAUCUGCAGAUCGAUUUAAAGCUGUCUAGCUUUUCCCCCAUUAUGGACACCGGAAGUGUGGUUAGCGAACCAAUUUCCGCGCAUCAUCGCGCCUUCGCCAAACAGAAAUCUGCCUCCAUGACCAUUCUCAAUCCGAAGGGUUGUGGCAGUGCCGCCAAGUACAGUCUGCACUCGACGGCGGAGAUGACGAACCAGGAGACGACCAGCACCCCCAGUACCUGCUCCACCACAGGUAGGAGGCGCAAAGGUGGCUCCCUGGGCGGCACUCUUUCCUCGCGUUCAACGCGCAGCGAAUCGAAGGAGCUGCGUUCCGCUCUCCAGGAUCGAGAGGCAGUCAUCCAGAAUCUGCGGAUUCAACUGUGUUUGGGAAAGUUGCCCAGACCCACGGGACCACCUUUGGAUGAGUCCGAGAAGCCGGCGGCAGAGCAGAAACUAAACCGACUGAAGGCCGAGGCGGAGAACAAGCGAAUCAAGAUCAAGAAUCUAAAGAGCGCCCUGGAGAAACUCGAUAUAACGGACAACAUAGACAUCCGCAUCCGCCAGGCUGAACUGGAAUAUGCUCUGGGCCGGGAGGAGCUGCAAAUGCUAUCCAUUGUGGAGGAGGCUCGUGCUCUGCAGGCACGCCUGGAAAAGUCCAAACCGGAGGCCCAGACCCUCUACAACAUCAUUAGUUCGGGGGUGUCCCUCAGCCUCCAUGCCGUUCAUGCCACCUCGGGACGUUGGGCAGCUCAGCAGAGGACAGAUCAACCAGGUUUCUAUGUGGAAUGGGCUCUCGAAGGCGAUGGCCUGUACAAGGGUGAUCGCAUUCUGGAAAUCAAUGGACGCCUGGUCACUGGUAAAACCAAGGAGGAGCUACAGAAGCAAGUGGGCAGCUCAGGCAAGUGCCAAAUGGUGGUUCUUCGCAAGAAAUCGGUGCCCAUACCGCAAAAGCAACUCGACCAGGAGAAGGAGAACAACACGAGGCUACAGCAUCGCAUUUCCUAUUUGGAGGAGCAGGUGCGAGAGCUCCAAACGGUCAAGGAGCACCAUUCCCCAAAGCAGCAGCAGCAUCAGGAGCAUUUGCACCAUCAGCAAGCCUCCUCCAAUCAGUCCCAGCAUGUGACCAGCAUUAGUAUCUCCUCACCCCCAUCGACGCCGCCAGAGAAACCGCUAAUCUUCCAGCGGGGCAAUUACAUCACCACCUUGGUGGGUGGCAAACCCAUCGAGCUGAUGGGCGACGAUGUUGGAAGCCAGACGCCGCCUGGUCAUGUGACCAAGACACUGAUCAAGGAGAACACCCACAUCGAUCUGAGGGAACGACUGCCGCACAUGUACUCCAUGCCCUCCAAAUCCCUGUCCGCCUCGAAGAUCUCCAUAAACAGUGACUCGGCCUACAUGCAGCACCAUCGCAGGGAGAAGGAGCGACACAGGGAUCGUCAGCAUAGGGAUCGUCCCAGGGAUCCUCUGCAGCAGCAGCAGCAGCUCCAUCGGGAGCAUCUCAUGAGUGCGCAUGCUCGCAGUGUGGAGCAUCUCAAUCAAUAUAAUGGACUGAACAGUCGCCGGGAGACGCCACGUCAAAGUGAGGCUCAUACCCUGAGGGCCCGCCUGCCCAGCGACAUGAGGAGUGUCAAGUCCCUGGACUUUGAUAGCGAAAACGAAUCAAAGCCACCCACAGAGGCACGCACCACUCGACCCACUCCGCCCAAGAAACCCCUACGCCUGUCCCUCCAAAGAGCUCAGAGUCUGCAGACUGUGGAGCUGCAUCCUUGCACAGAUCUCGAGAGGAAGCGACCCAUGAAGCGGGUCCAUCACAACAACAACAAUAAUAUUAAUAAUAAUAUUAAGGGUGGAGUAUCCCCAACGGAUGAGGGCCAGACCAUGCUCAUUGAGAACUGCAGUCCCAUGCACACAGCUUCCCUAGGCAGGCACAAGCUUAUCUAGGAAACCCAACCAAACUUAGUUUUAAGGAAACUAGCUUAACUCGAUCCUAUAACGGACGAACCAAAAAACAGGCGGACAUGUGCAAAAUUAUAAUUAAUUAAACUAUGAUUAUUUGUAAAUAAACUCUCCUUAAGAGGAGAAUUUAUCCAUUUAUAAAAUAGGGUAUAUAAAAACAAAAGUUUUGUGUACUUACAUUCUGUUAUCAAUAAGUAGGGCUUGGCUAUCAUAUCGUAGUUUUUGCAAAAUAUAUCAAUAAUUGAUCAUUUAUUGUAAUAAUGAUUUUCUUAGCACAAUUUUUAUCACUGUGAAUACACGAAUAAUUUUUCACUUCAUUUAAAUGUGUACUUUAUUUUUGAUUGUUGGA